CGAGGCCGGGCUGCGGGUGCUGCUCCUCGCCACCUUCGGGAUCAUGGAAUUCCUGCCGCCCUUCCAGCGCGUGCUGCAGCCCGAGGAGAUGUGGCUCUACAAAAACCCCUACGUGGAAGCGGACCGUGUUCCCACAGUGCUCAUGUUUUUCAUCGCAUUUCUGUCUCCCUUGGUGCUCAUCAUCCUGGCGAGGCUGUUCAUGGGUGCUGACCACGAGGACACGAGGGAAGCCUGCCUUGCUGCCAGCCUUGCCCUUGCCCUGAACGGGGUUUUCACAAACGCCCUGAAGCUCGUCGUGGGGAGGCCACGGCCUGACUUCUUCUUCCGCUGCUUCCCCGACGGCCGAGCCAACUCGGAGCUGCUGUGCACGGGAGAUGCCCGCAGAGUGACCGAGGGCAGGAAGAGCUUCCCCAGCGGCCACGCUUCCUUUGCCUUUGCUGGUCUUGCCUUCUCUGCCUUCUACCUGGCAGGGAAGCUGCACAGCUUCGUUCCAGGCCGGGGGAGCCGGGCCCUGCGCUUCUGUGCCUUCCUCCUCCCCCUCUUCCUGGCCACCCUCAUCGCCGUGUCCCGCACCUGUGACUACAAGCACCACUGGGAAGAUGUGUUGGUUGGCUCAGUGAUGGGCUUGGUGCUGGCAUACCUGUGCUACAGGCAGUACUACCCUCCCCUGACAGACACCACGUGCCACAAACCAUCCCUGGCCAAGCCCAAGGCGCUGCCGGUGCACGAGGAGAAGCCUCCAGCUCCCAGCUUCCACAUGAGCAUUUAGUGAUGGGGCAGGGCAAGGCUGGGGGAGGCUGCUCAGGAGAAUGCUCCCACGAGGAGGAGCCCCUGGGCAGGUGUUCCCUGCUGAGCUGGUGAGUUCCCUGCCCCGGCCCUUGUGUUGCUUCAUUUCCUUGGAUUUUGUAGGCCAGCCCCUCUUCAGGCCCACUGUGCAGCGAGGGAGGCACUCGAGGUGCCAGCCUGUGCAAAGACACUUGGGGUGUGAAGGUCCUGAACAAGAACUGGGAAAAUGUGACAACCCAGUGUGCCCAGUCUGGUGGGAGUUCUUGUGUCCAGUCCAGGAGCACCAUUGGUCACUUCCCUGCAAUCCAGCCAAGCUGUCCCAGCCCUUCUCCUGGGAAAUGAAGUUCAGGACCUGCCAUUGAGUUUUUCUAACUUCCCAAAUAAAGGAGUUUAAUUUUUGUAA